AUGAACAUGAUAACAAUAAUUUUAAUAUCAAUAUUUCUCUGGCAAUUUACAAUUGAAAAUCGACUACCCGAAAAACCUGCAGAUUCUGAAAUUCAAUGUGAAUUUACAGAAGAAUUGAAUAGCACAGAGCUAUGGGCAUUUUGUGAUUAUCAAACGGAUAAAAUUGGAUAUGUUGGAAGAAAAAAUGUGUAUGGUCAACCGAUGAAAAUCUACGAUAUUUCGUGUCGAAGAAAUUGGGAUUGUCAUGCAAAUGGAAUAUGUGUGAAUUUGGUGAAAGGAAGAGUUUGUAUGAAACAUCCGGUAAGUGGAACUUCAUAGAUAACGUGGAUCAUUCUCGAAAAGCUUCGCUCCACUCGCAAUGAUUUUUUUUCAGAAAUUCAAACUUGUUGAUGAAGCUGCUUCGCUCAAGGGUAAUCUUAAAUCAAUUUUUAAAGCCUAUCAAUUUUAAUAAACUUCAGAUUCUAAAAAAGAAACCGCAAAAUCCGGGACCAACGAUACUUCAAAUGAUAAAAAAAUAAUCAGACAUAUCAAAAGAGCUCGCGAAACUUUUUAUACGAAAAUCAUGGGAUGUAUACUUGUUCUUUUGAUUAUUUUCAUCUGA